UUUAAACUCCUCCAACCUUGGUACUUACGUAUUGGACGCUAGCUGCACACUACACCACAUUCCCUUGAUUCCAGCCCCUCCAACGCCUUCUUCAACCUUUCAGCAUCACUCAACGUCACUGCAAUCAACUUUACAGCAAGAAAAUCACAAUGUCUACUCAAGACAAGGCUCAACAGUACCUCGGUCAGCUCGACCGUGAGCUCUCCAAGUACCCCGCCCUUAACAAUCUCGAGAAGACGUCGGGCGUCCCCAAGGCCUACGCCGCCAUCGGCUUUGGCGCUCUCUACUUUUUCCUCAUUAUCUUCAACCUGGGCGGCCAGCUCCUGACCAACUUUGCUGGUUUCGUCAUUCCCGGCUACUACUCGCUGGCCGCUCUCUUCACUGCCAACAAGGAGGAUGACACUCAGUGGCUGACUUAUUGGGUCGUUUUCUCCUUCUUCACCGUGCUCGAGAGCUUCGUCCAGGUUGUCCACUGGUUCCCCUUCUACUACGUCUUCAAGUUCAUCUUCCUCCUCUGGCUCUCUCUCCCUGCUUUCCGGGGCGCUGAGCUUCUUUUCCGAUCUUUCCUGGCCCCUACCCUCGGCCGAUACUUCCAGUCUGCCUCUACUGCCUCUGGCCUUCGCGCCAAGGCCGACGGUCUGGACAAGACCGAAUAAGCGGCCAUCGAGGUGCAGCUUGGUCGCAAAGCCAACCGGCGCAUCCGCGCGACCCGGGCCAAGUUGCUACGCUUUUAAUGAGAACAGAACCAUAUCAUUCCGAAUGAUUGGUAACGAGUGAGGUCCGGCACGAGGUGCUUCACGACGAGAGGAGGGAGGACGGCACACAAGCACGAAACGCAACGGGCGUUUCAGCAUGGAGGAUGGGUUCAUGUGGUAUGACUUUGUGCGUGUAAUGUAUGCUAUGCUGUUGCGAUGGACUUUUCUUAGAGGGCUGCUGCUUGAGGCUUCAUGAGAACACGUUUCGCGAUUACGUCUUUUUCAACAGCUCCACAUGGUUGUCUCUGUGGCCUGGGUCCGACAGCGAUUUCCGGGGCAAGGGCUUCUGCAGCAGUGACAAUGGCAAGCAGCAAAUCUGCAGUACUGAUACCGUG